AUGGCGGCGCAGCCGUGCCGACGAGCCUUCUCGUCCAACCUGGUCGGCCCACCAGUGGAAUUCCUUCGCGCCGCGGCGGCGGUCACGGCGGGACCGCCGGUGUCCGCUCCCAAGAAGCUGCCGCCGAUGAAGAGGCUCACGGAGAACGCGUCGCCUACGUUCGUGUCCUCCGGAGACCCCUGCCUCGACUUCUUCUUGCAUGUCGUCCCCGGCACCCCGGCCACGAGGGUCGCCUCCCUCUUAGCCGACGCGUGGGCCGCCGAUCCAAACACCGCGCUCCGUCUCGCGUGCAACCUCGUCGGCCUCGGAUACCUCAAGGUCCUCCCCGAGAUCCUCUACCGUAUUGUUAAAGGCGUCGACACGACGAGAAGGCCGGGGAAGAAGGCCGAGGUCCGCGUCACCGGCGCCGCGAUGGGGUUCCGCCGCUUAGGCAAGGAGGAAUGCGCCGCCGCCUUCAAGGAGCUCGAACGGAAAAUCGAACGGAGGUGGUCCAGCGACAUGCAGAAGCUCGGGGACGGCAAGCUGAACGAGAUCUCCCUCGCAGGCAAAUGGCGCCCGUCGCUGAACUGCCGUCACGACCCAUCCACGCUCCUCAGCGAGGCCAUUGCGCGCCGCCUCUUCCCAAAGGGGUCGGAGCCCGAUCUCCCUGAGGAGAUGCCCGACGAGCACUACGUCUACCAAGUCCGCAACCGCCUCCGCAAGGCGCUCGUGCCACUGCGCCGCGCGCUCCAGCUCCCGGAGGUCUUCAUCACUGCUCAGGCGUGGGGGGACGUGGUGUACUCCCGCGUGGCCUCCAGGGCCAUGAGAAGAUACAGGAAACUCUUCUUGAAGCACGACGCCGAGCGUUUCGAGCUCUACCUCGCCGACGUCGAGGCCGGCAAGGCGAAGAUCGCGGCAGGCGCCCUGCGCCCCCACGAGAUCCUGGCGUCCAUGGACGGCGACGGCGUCGCCGAGCUGCAGUGGGAGUGCGUGGCUGUGUUCGACAAACUCCUCAGCGUCGCGGUCGGCGGAAACCUGCCUCCUGAGCGGAUGGUAAGGAAGGUGUUCGUGUUCAGCGACAUGGAGUUCGACCAAGCAUCGUCAAGGCCGUGGGAGACAGACUACGAGGCGAUCACGAGGAAGUUCACAGAGGCCGGGUAUGGCGCGGUGGUGCCACAAAUAGUGUUCGGGAACCUGCGAGACUCCAUGUCCGUGCCGGUGACAGCGGGGCAGAAAGGGGUAGCUAUGGGGAGCGGCUUCUCAAAGAACUUGGUGAAGCUGUUCCUUGACAACGACGGUAUCCUAACGCCGAGGGCCAUCAUGGAGAAGGCCAUCUCCGGGCAGGAGUACCAGAAUCUCAUCGUCUAUGACUGA